AUGGCCGACUUCACCUCCACGCAGGUGAUGGGAGUGACCUUCCAAAUCACACGCAGAUACACCGAACUGCAGGCGGUCGAACUGGAUGCGGCGGGUCUUGUCUGCUCCGCCGAGGAUCAGAUCUUGCAUAAUGUGGUCGCAAUCCGAAAGGUCACCAAGCCCUUCGGCUCCCCCAUACUCGCCAAGCGAGCUCUGCGCGAAAUUAAGCUGUUGCGGUAUUUGCGACACGAGAAUAUCGUCGGCUUGAAAGAUCUAUUCAUCUCCCCGACAGAGGACUUGUAUUUUGUGACAGAGCUCAUGUGGACCAAUCUACGGCGGCUUAUUUCGAAAAGGCCCAUCGAGAAUGAUUUUUCUCAGUAUUUUCUGUAUCAAAUUUUGAGAGGGUUGAAAUAUGUUCAUUCAGCGGGAAUUAUACAUCGGGAUCUCAAGCCAGAAAAUCUCCUGAUCAACGAGAAUUGCGACUUGAAAAUCGGUGGAUUCGAACAUGCCCGCUUGCAGCGACCCCAGAUGACUGGCUACGUGGUGACAAGAAUCUACCGUGCACCAGAGAUCAUGCUUACCUGGCAAAAGUAUUCAGCCAAGGUCGAUAUCUGGAGCACGGCAUGCAUCUUUGCCGAGAUGCUUCAGGGGAAGCCGCUUUUCCCUGCCACCAGCCAUGCAGAUCAAUUUAAUGUGAUCGUGAAUUUACUGGGCAAUCCUCCUGUAUGGAUUGUAGAUAUGAUUACCAACAACCACACUCAAAGCUACGUCAAAUCAUUACCAAAAUGCGAACGCAGACCCUUCGGAGAGAUUUUCCCUGAAUUCCACAAGCAGGCAAAUGAUUUGCUCGAGAAAAUGUUAGUAUUCGACGUCAAUGAGAGAAUCAACGCCAAAGAUGCUCUUUCGCAUCCCUAUCUGUCAUUAUAUCAUGACCCGACCGACGAGCCAGUCGUACGAGAGACAUUCGAUUGGUCUUUUGACGACGUACAGCUCUCGGCUGAAGCCUGGAAACGGAUAGUGUAUGUCGUCCUGUGCCGUCCAGCCAACACUCAACUCACUGACAGACGGAAGAUCCAAAGAAGUCUGGAAAUACCGAACACUAGAAGUGAAGAAUGGCAACAGCCAUGA